AUGGGAGCAUGUAUGGAAAGGAUGCAGGAGAGGAAUGAAGAUAAAGGAAGCUACCAAGAGAAUGUGGUUAAGAUUCGAGGAGAGGAUGGAAAAAUUUCUACUGAUGAAGUUCAUGAAAAUGUGGUCAUCGUAGGAGCCCACAAUGUCGAGCAGAAAGUUUUUGACAAUAUUCGAGUGGUUGCAUCAGUACCUGAUUAUGCCAUACCUUCCACUUCAGCUGAAGUGAAUAUAGAUGCAACGACGUUUUCACGAUAUGGGUCUGUACAGGCCACCCUCUUGCGUAACGCAAACGACGGUCCGGAGAUCCAUGAAAACGCAAAGAAUGGAGUUCUGGGUGAAAAAUUGCGACGUGCGAUGGUGCGACUCUUAGUCGCUGAAUUGAUAGCAGCGAAUGGGAACAGCUAUUACCCAACAGUUGCAAGUAAAACAGCUCUGGCAGAAGCUAUUGUGUCAGAGUAUCCUCUGCUGAAAGACUGCAAUGAACAUUGCAUAGGAUAUGAACAUUACUUCAACCCCAAAAGCCAUCAAGGGUUUAUAGAAUAUAGAUUGCAGCAAGUGCGACUAAGUUUGAGCCCUUCCAAAAAAGCGUACAAGGGUGCUGCAAGGAAAAGAAAACGAAAGGAAGAGGAAAAAGAACACACAUGCUCAUCGGGGACUGUUCCGCCCAAGGAUGAAUUAAAUCAGAAAGUAACAUCAUUUGAAGAUAAUGGACUUUCUAAAAAACCUGUGCACCCAAAAGAUAUUCUGGAGAAAGAAAAUAUCGCCGAUGAAAACGUGUUCUCCAGAAAAUCAAAAUCGAAGAGUCCCAAUACAUCUACACCAAGCAUCGAGGACAAAAAAAAGUCCACAAUAUGUGAUCAUACUUGCGCCGAAACUGUGAAGACUUUGGAAAGUAAAAUUUGGAACCUCUCCAAAACAGUAAAAGAAAUGGAGAGUCUUCUCAAACAAAAAGAAGAGGAUAUGCGCCAGAGAGAUAUUGAAGUAGAGUGCUGCUUGCAGGUUUCAGAAGCAAGAAAGCUUAUGAUAUUAAAACGAGAGAAAGAGUUAAUCGAUUUGCGAAAACUUAAUAGAGACUUACAAGAUGCGGCUAUUUAUAAUUUAAUAUCUUUGAUAGAUACAAUUCAAGAACAAUUAGAGAAGGCAAAGGUACAUAGUAAAGUAGCCGAGAAGAAAGAGUAUGAGGUUGGACAUCGUAAUGAAACUAAAAGAAUGAUUUAUAUUAGCCGAGGAGAAUGGAUGGGCAAUGUCUUAAUACGAAUUGAGAUUAAUAUAAUGUCAUUUAUUCCGAUAAUUUUAUUUUUAAAUAACAAUUUUAAUGAUUGCUCAGUAAAAUAUUUUUAAUUCAAAGAUUUAGGUCUUCCUUUAUAUUAUUU